GCGGAAGCCGAAAUUGCUUUUCGACCGGCACGGAAACUGCUUUCCUUUCGGCUUCCGCCCCAGGCCCAUGUGAGAGAUCGGGUGCAAGGAUGAGCGCGACUCGGGCUUCAAAGAGCCUUCUGGCUUUAAGCCAGCAGGAAGAACUAGAGGAUCUGCCAAAAGAAGAUGACGAUGACCCUUUGAACACCAGUGAAGAUGAGGGAAACAGUGAUGGAGAGAGAAAGCACCAAAAGUUCCUGGAAGCAAUUGUUUCCCUGGAUGGAAAGAACAGGCGGAAAUUGGCAGAGAGAUCUGAGGCGAGCCUCAAGGUGUCAGAGUUCAAUGUCAGUUCUGAAGGGUCAGGGGAAAAGCUAGUCCUUUCAGACUUGCUUGGGCCUGGUAAAGCAUCAUCCUCAUUGUCCAGUGUGAAAAAGCAACUGAAUAGAGUCAAAGCAAAGAAGACUGUGGAGUUACCCCUUCACAAGGAAGAAAUUGCCCGGAUCCACCGAGAAGUGGCAUUCAAUAAGACCUCACAAACCCUCUCCAAAUGGGAUCCCAUUGUGGUGAAGAACCGCCAAGCAGAGCAGCUGGUUUUUCCCUUGAACAAGGAGCCAGCAGCCUUUGCUCCCAUUGAACACACACUCAGCGGCUGGAAGGCAAGAACUCCCUUGGAGCAGGAAGUGUUUAACCUCCUCAAUAAGAACAAGCAGCCAGUAACAGACCCUUUACUGACUCCCAUGGAGAAGGCCUCUCUCAAAGCCAUGAGCCUGGAAGAGGCUAAGAUGCGAAGAGCAGAGCUUCAGAGAGCCCGGGCCCUGCAGUCCUACUAUGAGGCCAAAGCUCGAAGAGAGAAAAAAAUCAAAAGCAAAAAGUAUCACAAAGUACUGAAGAAAGAGAAGGCCAAGAAGACCCUGAAAGACUUUGAGGUACUGCAGAAGGUUGAUCCUGCAGCAGCCUUGGAAGAACUGGAAAAAAUCGAGACAGCCAGGAUGAUGGAGCGAAUGAGCCUCAAGCACCAGAACAGUGGGAAGUGGGCAAAGUCAAAGGCAAUUAUGGCCAAAUACGACCUGGAGGCCCGCCAGGCCAUGCAGGAACAGUUGGCCAAGAACAAAGAACUGACACAGAAACUCCAGGCAACCUCAGAGAGUGAGGAAGAGAAAGGCAACUCAGAGGAAGAGGGUGAAGUCCUUGUCCCCGAUGUAGUGAAUGAGAUCCAGAUGAAUGGAGACGGUCCGAACCCCUGGAUGCUCAGGAGUCGCCCCAGUGACACAAGAAAGAUUGAAGUCCAGAAGGAACCCGAACACCUUCCAGAGCCUGUGGCCAAUGAGGCUUCAGAAAGUGAGGAAGAAGAAAGACCAGUGGCAGGGGAAGAAGAAACCUUGUUGAAAGAAUUUGAGGAAAGGCGACAGCUUAGGAAGAAGUCCGAGCUCAGCCAGGACGCUGAGCCUGCAAACAUUCGAGAAACAAAAGAUUCUAGCAGCCAGGAGAUGCUGUCCGAAUUGAAGUCACUGUCUCAGAAACUCAGCAGGGCAGACCAGCAGCCCAGAAAGCAGAAAGUGAGGUCAGUGGGGCCAGGUCCCCAGGGCCAGAGAGAGGAGCCUGCUGAGGAAGAGGAAGAGCCCAUGUUGUUCCAGCGGCCAGAGAGAGUGCAGACUAUUGAAGAAGUUGAAGAACUGGGCAGAGAUGAAUCUCUUCAGCCUAUGGAACUUCCUAGCCAUGUGCCAGAAGGGCAGCCAUUAGAAAGGAACACAAGUGAUCAGCCCAGUACCCCCAAGGGGAAGAAAAGGAAGGAGCCAAUGAUCGAUCUGCAGAGCCUCCUAACCGCAAAAUCUUCUUCUGUGAAGUCUUUGGCAAUUCCCACAGCAGUACAGGAAGAUGAAGAAGAGAGAGCUCAAAAGCAGAUGAUAAAUGAAGCUUUUGCUGGAGAUGAUGUCAUCCAAGAAUUCCUGAAAGAGAAGAGGGUAGCCGUGGAAGCAAGUAAGCCAAAGGCCGUGGACCUGACUCUGCCUGGUUGGGGCGAGUGGGGCGGUGUGGGCCUAAAGCCCAGCGCCAGGAAGAGACGCCGGUUUCUCAUUAGGGCCCCUAAGGGCCCUCCACGGAAAGACAGGAGUUUGCCAAACGUGAUCAUCAACGAGGAGCGAAACAUCCAUGCGGCAGCUCAUCAGGUUCAGGUGCUUCCGUAUCCAUUCACCCACCACCACCAAUAUGAAAGAACCAUUCAGACCCCUAUAGGAUCCACCUGGAACACCCAGAGAGCUUUCCAAAAGCUGACUACACCCAAGGUCGUAACCAAGCCAGGCCAUAUCAUCAAGCCUAUAAAAGCUGAGGAUGUGGGCUACCGGUCUUCCUCAAGGUCUGACCUCUCCGUCGUGCAGAGGAAUCCACCAAAACGUCUCACUUCACAUCACAAAGAACAGCUGAAGAAGAACUCUGCCCAUUGAGUCACUGGAAGGCUUGUGCCAGAGCCCGGCUGAGAGCCCUGGGCACGACUUCCUCCAAGCUGCAGGAUCAAGUCCCAGACUGGCUCAGCCCACUCCUGGUGUGGCUAAGCCUCAUUUUAAAAAUAAAGGCUCUUUUUUAAAAAUCUA